UAACAGCAAAUACUUGAGCGAAGUACUGAUUCAACAUGUCUGCGCCCUGAAGGAGAGACAGAAACAGCAAUAGAAACAUUGUGAAAGCACAAGACGACAAGCAGCGUUCUCUCGUUGGCUCGGUGGCAAGCUUGAAACAUGUCAAAGAUCUCCAAGGCGGCCAAAGCCGUGAAGAAGAUGGAUGCAGGUGGCGUGAUCCGGGCUAUUGUGAGGUCAGGACAAGCAGCCCCCGGGCCACCGCUGGGCCCAGUCCUCGGACAGAGAGGAAUCCCCAUCGGGCAAUUCUGCAAGGACUUCAACGAGAAAACCAAAGAGAUGAAGGAAGGCAUCCCUCUUCCAAUCAAGAUCAACGUGAAGCCCGACAGGACGUACGACCUUCAAAUCGGCCGGCCCACCGUCUCAUACUUCCUCAAGCAAGCGGCGGGCAUCGCCAAAGGAGCCGGAAAAACAGGGCACGAGACGGCCGGCAUGGUGUCCGUGAGAGCCGUGUACGAGAUCGCCCGUGUGAAAGCGGAGGACGAGUGCUUCAAGCUUCGGAACACGUCGCUGGAGAACGUGGUCAAAAGCAUCGUAGGGUCGGCACGCUCGCUGGGCAUCAAGGUGGUCAAUGACCUCUCCGCUGACGAGUACAAAGUGUUCUUGGAGCAGCGAGAAGAGAAAUUGAAGGCGGACGCCGCGGCGGCUGCCGAGGCUGCGGCUGUGGCUGAAGCCCCACAAAGCAAGAAGAGAUAAAACAUUCAGAGCGUUUCCGCGGCUCCUUACUGACACCUAGCGGCCAUGUGAGCUGCUACACUGCCCUCCAUGGAAAGCCCGAGCAGCGUUUGUUCCAUGUCGUCCGUGGACUCGUACACUCUUUGACCUCACUGGUAUAGACGAUUCCUUGCACUAGUAGAACAGGGGGGGGGGGGGGGGGGGUUGUUGUUUUUUUGUUUUUUGUUUUUACCACUUCUGGGCAUUUCUGCAUAGGACAUCCACAUCUGCUAGUGAAGCGUUCAAUGCUAAUAGCGAUGUUAUAAUGAUGCACUCGUGCACAAUUUUAACUCACUAGUGUCCUACUAAAAUGCCAACGUUGUCCCACGAGUGUUGACAAAGAGUGUUACGAGUACAUCGACCUUAAGCAUUCUAUGAAGCUGUGGUGGAAUUAAUAAUGUUGCAAAUGUAACAGUAGUUUUCUCGUAAGGUUUAAAUGGCAUUUUGUUUGCCCAUGUCGUUCUACUCGUGCACUGAAUUUCCUUACCCCCCCAUUCCUAUUUAUACACAUUGUAUACAAUACCAACACUGAAUAAAUCCAAUUCAACUCUU